AUGUCUUCUUACCUUAGAGGAUCAGAAAAUUAUGUUUGGUGUCAAACCAGUGUUUUGGGGAAGGGUGCAACAGGUGCGGUGUAUCAAGGAGUUAAUAAGAAUAAUGGGGAACCGGUAGCUGUGAAAACUUUCAACCAAGUGAGCCAUAUGAGGCCACAUGAAGUACAAAUGCGAGAGUUUGAAGUGUUAAAGAAAGUGAAACAUGAAAAUAUUGUAAAGUUGCUGGCUAUCGAAGAGGAACAGGAAAGUAGGGGAAAAGUAAUAGUUAUGGAACUUUGCACCGGUGGGAGUCUCUUCAACAUAUUAGAUGAUCCAGAGAACACCUAUGGCCUUCAAGAAGACGAGUUCUUGUUAGUGUUAGAGCAUCUGACGGCAGGAAUGAAGCACUUGCGAGAUAAUAACUUGGUACAUAGAGAUUUAAAGCCCGGUAACAUCAUGAAGUUCAUCAAUGAAGAUGGAACAACAACCUACAAGCUGACAGACUUUGGAGCGGCCAGAGAAUUACAGGAAGAGGAGCAGUUUGUGUCUCUGUAUGGUACUGAGGAGUACCUGCAUCCAGAUAUGUAUGAGAGGGCAGUGUUGAGGAAACCGGUGGGCAAGAGCUUCGGUGCCACUGUUGACCUAUGGUCUAUUGGGGUCACCUUAUACCACGUUGCUACUGGCCAGCUUCCAUUCAGACCCUAUGGAGGCCGAAGAAAUAAAGAAACCAUGUUCUAUAUCACUACCAAAAAGAUCUCCGGAGUUAUUUCUGGUACCCAAACAACUGAAAAUGGUCCAAUAGAGUGGUCUCGAGAGCUGCCGUCACAUUGUCAGCUGAGCGUGGGUCUUCGGAAACUGGUUACACCACUACUAGCUGGACUACUGGAAAUAGACCCUCCAAGGAUAUGGACAUUUGAUAGAUUCUUCUCGGAGGUUCAAACUGCUACCUCUACGAAGCCAGUCCAUAUAUUCCAUGUUAAUAAAGCGGCCAGUAUAAAGGUAUUUCUGAAGCCGGAAGAAAAGUAUGAACAUUUACAGAAUUACAUCUGCGAACAGACGAGUGUGGUCGCGGAGUCACAGAUACUAUUGUACAAGGACAUGUUACUACUGAGCGAGAUAGACGAGAACACGUCGGGGAAGAACUAUCCGGACACGACGGCGGAGGUCCCUCUGAUGUUGUUCAAUAAGAAUAACAACAACGUGAGCAUGGCGCCGGAGCCUGACAUACCGAAAUUCCCUCCCUUCCCUAACGACAUGGCCGUCGACGCAGCCGCCUCCGUCGCGAAGACGGCGUGUAGCGUGGGUCACGUCAUCAAGCGUCGGGUGGAAGCCCUGUGCGCGGCGUCUCAACUGUGCGGCGCGUGCGUCAGUCGGUGGGGGGCGUUGCUGGCCACCAGGCUGAGCAGCGUGGCGGCGCGGGCUCAGGCCUUGGCCGCACACGCCAGCUGUCUGCACGACGCCGCCCGCGCCCUCGACCUCGCGGCCGCCGCGCACCGCCUGGCGCAGUCCGCGGCCGGCGCUCCGCCCUCCGGUACCGGCCAGGACUCGUGGGCCGCGUCGGCCGCCCUCGUGUCCAAGGAGGCUGAGGAGCUCCGCUCGGCCGGCAACUCGCUCCGUGCGCGUCACGUGCCGCCCGCCCUCCGCGCUCACUGGGACGACGCCCUGCUGCAGGCGCCCUGCCCUCACGACCUUCACCUGCACCUUAAGGCGAAGACGCUCGUCGACCGCCUGCGCGAGUCGUGGCAGCACCUGGUGCGGGACCGCGCUACCCGCCCCAUGACGUACAACGACGAGCAGUUCCACCUGUUGGAGCGCAUCACGGUGGCGGAGACGGGGCGGCGCGCGCGGAGCCUGCUGCAGCGCGCGGCGCCGCUGGCCAGGACGCGGGCGGACGCCAUCGCCGACUGGUACAAGGUGGCGCAGACCGUGUACCUCCAGACACAGAUACUGGACAAGGACGUGGCCGCCGUCGAGCUCAAGGUGCUGGCGCUGGCCGCCCGACUACAGGACGCAGAGAGACGCUCCAGGGCCGUCAUGGCUGACGUCGGCGCUCAGCUGACCGCCAUCAAGUCGGAGUCUCCCGUGGAGGCGGACAAGGACCGAGCUCCCCGCCCCCCGCGCCCCGGCGGCCGUCCCCCGCGCCCCCCGGCCGGUGACUCCCUAUCGUCGGGUGUGAGUGCUCGCGGGGCGGGUGUGCGGGCGCUCCUCUCCUCGCACGAGGAGGUGUCGUCUCGCGUGUCAUCCAACUCGGCGCUCGUGGCUCGUCUGCUGCAGAUCACCGCCGACCUGACUCCCUAG